GAAGGCGUGAAGCAGACAAGCGCGCAUGCGUGGAGUGCUAAUAGUCGUGCGACAGGAGCAUCCGUUGCUAAGCAGAGGGAAGCGGAUUGAGGAGAAGCCAUCAGGACUCUGAACUCUGUAUAGUCAUGUGCGGAUUUUAGUUGGCUGUGUGGAAAGUUUGAGGCAUCGCUAUGGCAGGAGAUGAACCGGGAGUCACCGAGGUUGACCAGAAGAAGUAUGACGCAGAUGAAAAUGUCAAAAUCAUCUGUCUUGGGGACAGUGCAGUUGGAAAAUCCAAGUUGAUGGAGCGUUUCCUGAUGGAUGGAUUUCGUCCUCAGCAGCUGUCAACCUUUGCAUUAACGCUCUACAAAUAUACCACAACUGUGGAUGGCAAGACGGUCCUGGUCGAUUUUUGGGAUACGGCUGGCCAAGAGAGAUUCCAGAGCAUGCAUGCUUCAUAUUACCACAAAGCUCAUGCUUGUAUCAUGGUGUUUGAUGUGCAGCGAAAAGUUACAUAUAAAAACCUGUCCACCUGGUACCAGGAGCUGCGGGAGUACCGGCCCGAAAUCCCCUGUAUUGUUGUGGCAAACAAGAUUGAUGCUGAUCGCCGCAUGACACAGAAAGGUUUUAAUUUUGCCAAGAAGCAUAGCCUGCCAUUUUACUUUGUUUCUGCUGCCGAUGGCACCAACGUAGUAAAGCUUUUUGCAGAUGCCAUUAAACUAGCUGUAUCUUACAAGCAGAACUCAAGAGACUUUUUGGAUGAAGUAAUGCGGGAGUUGGAGAACUUUGAGCUGGAGAAGCCUGAGGACACAUCUGAUAAAGAGGAAAUAUCUGAGGGCACAGAGUCGCCAAAGACUGUUUGAUGUGACAUCCACAGAGGAUAGGUUUCUAGAACAGAAGACAUGGUGUCCUGUGCUGGUCAUCAUGGUCCAAUUCCUAAUGGAUUUUUGAAAAUCCCAAACACGUCAUCACCUCUGUUUCCUUAAGACUUAUAAGGGAAUCUGAAUACCUGAGCCUCCUGCUGUUUUCUGUUCCAUCAUUAUUUGUAUUCAUAAUGGCCGACAGAACAUACAACUGGAACCAAAUACCAAGGUGCUUGAGCACUUUACCCUUCAGUGGUAGCUGCUGGAGACAUCGUCUGGUUAACCUUCAAUGUGAUCACAGCAGAAUUUAACAUUUCAAACUUUCAGACACGUGACGCUUAUACUGCUUUCUGUAUCUGCAGGGUUUACUGGUUUGAUAGGUCUUUAGACAUUUUAU